CCGGCGCCAUUUUGGUGGCCGGGCGCGGAGGUGAUUCUACACUGAGGGGGGAACGCGGCGGCAAGGGUGGCGGUGGCAGCGUUCGUGUGCUCGGGUCUGAAUCACUGAGGGAGGAGGCGGUGGAGGAAGAGGUGGCGGCGGUGGCGGUGGUCGUAGCGGUGGCGGAGGAGGCGGGUACGAAUCAGCUGCGGGCAGAGACAUGGCCAACAUCGCGGUGCAGCGAAUCAAGCGGGAGUUCAAGGAGGUGCUGAAGAGCGAGGAGACGAGCAAAAAUCAAAUUAAAGUAGAUCUUGUAGAUGAGAAUUUUACAGAAUUAAGAGGAGAAAUAGCAGGACCUCCAGACACACCAUAUGAAGGUGGACGAUAUCAGCUAGAGAUAAAAAUACCAGAAACAUAUCCAUUUAAUCCUCCUAAGGUCCGGUUUAUCACUAAAAUAUGGCAUCCUAAUAUUAGUUCCGUCACAGGGGCUAUUUGUUUGGAUAUCCUGAAAGAUCAAUGGGCGGCAGCAAUGACUCUCCGCACGGUAUUAUUGUCAUUGCAAGCGCUGUUGGCAGCUGCAGAACCAGAUGACCCCCAGGAUGCAGUAGUAGCAAAUCAGUACAAACAAAAUCCUGAAAUGUUCAAGCAGACAGCUCGACUUUGGGCACAUGUGUAUGCUGGAGCACCAGUUUCUAGUCCAGAAUACACCAAAAAAAUAGAAAAUCUGUGUGCUAUGGGCUUUGAUAGGAAUGCAGUAAUAGUGGCCUUGUCUUCAAAAUCAUGGGAUGUAGAGACUGCAACAGAACUGCUUCUGAGUAACUGAGGCAUAGGAGCUGCUGCCAGCCAAGCUCACCUCUUCUUGAGGAGCACCAACAUCUGUUAUUUUUAGGAUUCUGCAUAAAUUUCUUUUAAACUGGCAUUCUUGCCUAAUGAUGUUAUCUAGGCACCAUUGGAGACUGCAAAAAAAAAAAAACAAAAAACAACCAAAUUCCCUGCUCUGUAAAUAAAGCUAAUUAAACGUCUGUGUAAAUUUAAAAAGGGGAAAUACUUUAAUUUUUUUCUUAAUAGUGUAAAAAAUCUUUGAGCUAAGCUAAAACCAUGGAAAAACAUGCUACGUUAGUGUUUAGCCAUGUAACAAGACUAGCAGUUUGCUUCAGGGUUCUGUGGAAUAACUAGGGAAACACUCGAGUGUCGCCGCUCCAUUGUUGUGUUGCAUCUCAGCUACCCUAAGCGUUUGAACAUGGAUUCUCGUGCCUGUGAAUUUACUUGCAUGCUUGUACUUGACUUCUUAGGAUGGGUAGCUGAAAAGACCACCCUUUUAAGCGUUAGGAAAUUCGGAUUAUGAGAUUUAUCCAGACUUUAAGAUGACCUAAUCAGAGCUUUUCGGUCCCUGUGGACAGGUAGGGACACUCUUAUUCCUUCCCUGUUAACCAUCCAAAGCUAAGAUUCUCAUGGUAAAUUUCUGUGUUUGGUGGGAAAUGUGCCGAGGAAGUGUCCCUUGUUCUGUUUUAGGUCAUAGGUUUGAAAUGUUUUGUCCGAGUGCUUUAUUAUGUAAGUAAUAAUGUAAAAAUGGGGCUGCCAAUUUUAUUUCUCUUAUAAAAGAAUUAAAUACUUGAUGUUGCAGUACUCCCAGACUUAAUAAAGGACCCUACUUAGGCUUUUUUUUUUUUUAAUUGAAUUUGACAUGUUUAAACUGAUGGAGUCUUUGGAAACUUGAAGGAUGCAGUCAGCUGUUUUCAGUAGUGUCAAGUCUGACCGGGACUUUAGAGUUUGCUUUUGUCAGACACUUGAGUCACUCUUGCACUCUCCACGUUGACACACAAACGCUGUGGGUGUCUCACUGUACAUACUUCAGAUGCACAUAGGAAUAGGGGCGUGUUAGGAAUCUAGCUUUCUUUAUCAUGUUUUUGACAGUGAGAAUUGAAACCCUCCCUUCUGUACAUAGACUUCUGCUCUUUGCUGUCACUUCUCACUCUGUGUUCCAAAGUUUAAAGACUCUUGGUUUUGCAGACUCAGACACUUAAUUUAACCAUCUUAAUAAGGUUCAAGUGAAUAUGUAGGCAGUUGUUACGUAGGAGAUACAAAUAUAAAUUUGAGGACCAAUGCAUAAGUAACAGAAAUGUAAUGGAAUCAGACUGAAUUAAAGUAAGGCUCUCUUGAAAAUCAUGUUCUAAGAGGUUUGUUGUUUUGAAGUGUUCUUCACUUUCUUUUCUCCUCCCUCCCUCCCUCCCUCCCUCCCUCCCUCCCUC